AUGGCGGAUGAAGUUGUGUUGCUAGACUACUGGCUCAGCCCUUAUGGGAUGAGGUUGAGGAUCGCUCUGGCUUUAAAAGGGAUAGAUUAUGAGCUGAAGGAAGAAGACUUGACCAACAAGAGUCCACUGUUGCUGCAGUCAAACCCGGUUCACAAGAAGGUCCCUGUACUCAUUCACAAUAGCAAACCAAUAUGUGAGUCCGCCGUUGCUCUUCAGUACAUUGACGAGGUCUGGAACGAUAAGGCACCGCUAUUUCCCUCCGAUCCUUACCUCAGAUCACAAGCUAAGUUCUGGGCUGAUUUCGUUGACAAGAAGAUCUCUGGCUUUGCGAGGAAGCUAUGGACAACCAAAGGAGAAGAACUGGAAGCAGUGAAGAAGGACUUGUUUGAUUCUCUUAAGUUGUUAGAACAAGAACUUGGCGAUAAGCUUUUCUUUGGGGAUGAGACUCUCGGGCUUGUGGAUUUGGCACUUCUUCCUUUCGCUAUUUGGUUUUCUGUCCACGAGAAAUUGGGUAGCUUCAGUUUAGAGGCAGAGUGCCCGAAGAUCACUCCUUGGCUGAAGAGGUGUUUCCAAAUGGAAAGUGUUUCCAAGUCUGUUCCAAGCCCCGAUAAGCUUUAUGACUAUGUUGUGCAGAUGAGGAAAAGCAGACAAGAGUAA